AUGCCAUCCAACAAAGAUCGUCUGUAUGCUGCUCUCUAUGUGGAGGCAAAGCCACCGUGCCAGGCAAGGAAGACACGUGAGUUAAUCAUGCAAAAAAUCGUUCGAUACCACUGGGCCUUGAUUGUGGGUCCAAAAGUUGAGGCAGAUGAUGGUAUGGGGGUCCGUUACCACGCAAAGGAGAGGCCAAAAUUUGGAGGGGGCUCUGAAUGGUCCUUCGAGGAGCGCGAUUGUCCACUUGCGCCUACUAGCAUGCUGCUUGUUCGUGUCAUGGUUGGGAAGGUAGCGGAAGGAAAUCGCCUUGUCGAAAUUCUGCGGAAUGCGCCUAUUCGGGAAGGCCAACCAGGUUGGAACUGUGUCUUCUGGGUAAAGGAGGCCCUGGAAACGCUUCAGGUCGAUCCUAAGGCUUUAGGCACAACGCCGUUGAGUGGGCAAAGUUGCGCAACAGUGCGAUGGAUUAUUGUCAACGGAAGAAAGAUCAGCACCGGUUUGAUGGCCAGGGCAAUUUUAAUAUGA